ACUGCCUCGGACAUAUCCCAGUAUGGAUGGCUUGGUUGAGCAGAACAGCGUGCUGAUGUGCAGUAAGAUCACUGAGGCUGGGAAAAGGAAUGGUUUAAUUAACACAAGGAACUUAGUGGCAGAGAGCCGGGAUGGUCUGGUCUCUGUGUACCCCACCCCUCAGUACCAGAGCCACAAAGUGGGCAGCCUGUCCUCUCCCAGAUGCCUGGAGAACAGCAGGAGUGACCCUGUGCAGCAGCUCCUGGACCCCAGCAUGCUGCAGCAGACAGUGGAGUCUCACUACAGGCCCAACAUCAUUCUCUACUCUGAGAACAUGCUGCGCUCAUGGGGCGAGAGCCUGGGCUCAGAGUGCUGUGAGACGACCUUCAUCGAGGAGCACUCGCCCACCAAAGACACCCUGGAGUACCCUGACAGCAAAUUCAUCGACCUCUCUGCAGAUGACAUCAAGAUCCACACUCUCUCCUAUGAGGUGGAGGAAGAGGAGGAUUUCCAGGAACUAGAGAGCGAUUACUCGAGUGACACCGAGAGUGAAGACAACUUCCUGAUGAUGCCACCAAGGGAUCAUCUUGGCCUCACUGUGUUCUCCAUGCUCUGCUGCUUCUGGCCACUGGGAAUUGCUGCCUUUUACCUCUCCCAUGAGACAAACAAAGCAGUAGCCAAGGGGGAUUUCCACCACGCAAGCUCCAGCUCCCGGCGAGCUCUCUUCCUGGCUGUCCUUUCCAUCACAAUCGGAACUGGCAUCUACGUCGGGGUAGCUGUGGCUCUUAUUGCCUACCUGUCAAAAAACAACCAUCUAUGAGUCUCAGG